UUAUUUUUUAUUUUUUUUUUUAAUUUCUUUUUUUCGGAGCUGGGGACCGAACCCAGGGCCUUUCGCUUCCUAGGCGAGCGCUCUACCACUGAGCCAAAUCCCCACCCCCCCCCCUUUUUUUUUAAAUCAUGCUAUAUCUACUAUUCUUUCCCACUCUCUUGCUUCCCUAACCCUUGCCUUUCUCUCUCUCUAGACUCUUCCAGGUGCCUUUGAAUAGUUUCUCUCUUAUUCACAAUAAAAGCCUUCCCCCUAACUGAACGGCAGUUUCAAGUGGUUUUUCUUUCUUUCUUUUUCUUUGUUUCUUUCUUUUAGAGAUUUAAUUUAUUGUGUCUAAGUACACUGUAGCUGUCUUCAGACACAGCAGAAGCGGGCGUCAGAUUCCAUUAACGACGGUUGUGAGCCACCAUGUGGUUGCUGAGAUUUGAAUUAAAAACCUCUGGAAGAGCAGUCUGUGCUCUUAACCGCUGAGCCAUCUCUCCAGCCCAAGUCGUUCCUUUAUGGCAUCCACUCGCAUACACAAUCAACUGUUCUUUUACUGUGUUGCUUAGUUCUUGCCUAAUUUGCUACUGUGGUCCGCUUAAUUCGCCGUACAAGAGACUUGUCACAAAGUGUGUAGUUGCCGUUUUUCAUCAACGAACUGUAAAUAUUCAGGAGUUUACACUGUAACAUUUCCCUUGAAUUCCUGUCAGUUUUGGCAAGGUCAGCAAGGUGAAGACUGGGGUUGGAGGAAGGAACACUCACUUUUAUAAGCGAUUGGGACAGGAUUAGGGAAAAUGAGAGACGCUUAUAAGUUGCUUUCUUGGCCAUCCUGCAGAAAUAACGUGUUUAAGAGAGGUAACCAUGCAGGAUUUUCGAAGCCAUAGACCAGCUUCUGUUAUCCACCCUCUAGGAAGAUUUAAAUAACUCCACAGUUGACACUGGAGCCGGGAUCCCAGCGGUCAGCGAACUACCCACAGGAGGCCGAGCCAUUUCCCACAAUGCCGAGUUCCGGAAGUUGCCUCUCCUGGAGGGUGACUGGUUCCACCGCGUCGCUCUCUAUUCGUCACCUGGAGGAAGCGGAGCUGGCGGCCGGCUCCGGGCCCGUCGCGGGAGGCAGUUAUGGGCGCCGUCUCACCGGAUUGUAAUUUUGUGUCAGUGAGCAUUCCAUAAAGUGCCAACAUGGGAAAGAAACGAACAAAGGGGAAAAGUGUUCCAGAAAAGGCUUCUUCUGAAUCUACAGAACCAAUGUGCAGACACCUUAGAAAAGGGUUGGAACAAGGUAAUUUGAAAAAAGCUUUGGUAAAUGUGGAAUGGAAUAUCUGCCAAGACUGUAAGACUGACAAUAAAGUGAAAGAUAAAUCUGAGGAAGAAGCAGAAGACCCUUCGGUUUGGCUGUGUCUUAAAUGUGGCCAUCAGGGCUGUGGCAGAGAUUCCCAGGAGCAGCAUGCCCUGAAGCACUACACAACACCAAGGUCUGAACCUCACUACCUGGUGCUUAGUUUGGACAACUGGAGCGUCUGGUGUUACAAGUGUGAUGAGGAAAUCAAGUACUGCAGUUCAAACCGGCUGGGCCAAGUGGUUGAUUAUGUUAGAAAGCAAGCUGGCAGAAUAACUUCAAAACCAGCAGAGAAAAAUAAUGGACACAUUGAGCUUGAAAAUAAAAAAUUGGAGAAAGAGAGUAAAAAUGAACAAGAGAGAGAAAAAUCGGAAAGCAUGGCUAAAGAAAACAUCCCCUUGGACUCUGCUUCCCAGAUAACGGUGAAAGGACUCAGCAACUUGGGGAAUACUUGUUUCUUCAACGCUGUUAUGCAGAACUUGUCACAAACGCCAGUGCUUAGAGAACUACUAAAAGAAGUGAAGAUGUCUGGAACAAUUGUAAAAAUAGAGCCACCUGAUCUGGCACUCACAGAACCUUUAGAAGUAAACCUUGAACCUCCAGGUCCUCUUACUUUAGCCAUGAGCCAGUUUCUUAAUGAGAUGCAAGAGAACAAAAAACGAAUUGUAACACCUAAAGAGCUCUUUUCUCAGGUCUGUAAAAAAGCAACACGUUUUAAAGGGUACCAACAACAAGACAGCCAGGAGCUGCUUCGCUACCUAUUGGACGGGAUGAGAGCGGAAGAGCACCAAAGAGUGAGUAAAGGAAUUCUUAAAGCAUUUGGUAAUUCUACUGAAAAAUUGGAUGAAGAAGUAAAAAAUAAAGUUAAAGAUUAUGAAAAGAAAAAGGCAAUCCCAAGUUUUGUGGACCGCAUCUUCGGUGGCGAACUGACUAGUACAAUCAUGUGUGAUGACUGCAGGACUGUCUCCUUGGUGCAUGAGUCUUUCCUUGAUUUGUCUCUCCCAGUUUUAGAUGAUCAGAGUGGUAAGAAAAAUAUAAAUGAUAAAAAUGUGAAGAAGACAAUGGAGGAAGAAGAUAAAGACAGUGAGGAAGAGAAAGAUGACAGCUACAUGAAAACACGGAGUGACGUGCCCUCAGGAACAAGCAAGCACACACAGAAGAAAGCAAAGAAGCAAGCCAAAAAGCAAGCCAAGAACCAACGAAGGCAACAAAAAAUUCAAGAAAGGUUUCUUCACUUCAACGAGAUCUGCACCACUAACUACACUGAAGACAAUGACCAUGAAGCUGAGACGGCACUUCCGGGAGAAGGGGAAGUGGAUACUGAGUUCAACCGUGGCUCUCAAGAGGAGCUCACACAGACAGAGCUCUGUGCUAAUCAGAAAGAUGUGAAUGGCCAAGAGGAAAUGAUAGAAAGCGCUGCCGAUGAGCGGAAAUGCCCAGAGCACCCGGAGGUGAAAAGUGUCAGCACCGAGAGUGAUCUGGGGAGUUUGACUUCUGCUCCUGAGUGUCCUAGAGAUUUAAAUGGUGCCUUCCUGGAAGAAAGGACCAGUGGAGAGCUAGACAUUACCAAUGGUUUAAAAAACCUUACUUUGAAUGCUGCUGUUGAUCCUGAUGAAAUAAGUAUAGAGAUUCUGAAUGACAGCCAUUCUCCUGCGUUAAAGGUGUAUGAGGUCAUGAAUGAGGACCCAGAAACUGCUUUCUGUACCCUUGCAAACCGGGAAGCUUUUAGUACUGAUGAGUGUUCAAUCCAACAUUGUUUGUAUCAGUUCACCCGCAAUGAGAAACUUCAAGAUGCAAAUAAACUGCUUUGUGAAGUGUGCACAAGACGGCAGUGUAAUGGACCAAAGGCAAAUAUAAAAGGUGAAAGGAAACAUGUUUACACCAAUGCCAAGAAGCAGAUGCUGGUUUCCCUUGCUCCUCCUGUACUCACUCUUCAUUUAAAGAGAUUUCAGCAGGCUGGUUUUAACCUACGCAAAGUUAACAAACACAUAAAGUUUCCGGAAAUCUUAGAUUUGGCUCCUUUUUGUACCCUUAAAUGUAAGAACGUUGCUGAGGAAAGUACAAGAGUGCUGUAUUCCUUAUAUGGAGUUGUGGAACACAGUGGCACUAUGAGGUCAGGGCAUUACACUGCCUACGCAAAGGAAAGAACUGCAAGCUGUCAUCUCUCUAAUCUUGUUCUUCAUGGUGACAUUCCGCAAGGUAAAUUAUCUUACAUAAUCCAGACAUUUUGCAUAUUAUGCCAAAGCCUUCCCCACCCCCCAAAGAAACCUGACUCUUUCCUUUUGUUUUGUUUCCUGGCAGAUUGUGAAAUGGAGUCAACCAAAGGGCAGUGGUUUCACAUCAGCGACACACACGUGCAAGCGGUGCCUAUAACUAAAGUACUGAACUCACAAGCUUAUCUCCUAUUUUAUGAGAGAAUACUGUGAUGACAAGAAGUGUUUUCUCUGGAAAUACGCCUAUGGCUUUUAUACUGGCUAUUAUAACAAUAAAAAGUUAAACUAUAAA